AUGUGCAAUGCUUUGGCCUACAUCAAACCAGGCCGCGGCAAACAUUGGACUUACAUAAAAGGGGUACUCUAUUCAGAUGCCAUAUACCAUCAGGGAAGGUUUUAUGUCCUGGACAACUAUUCUGGUGUACUAUAUCUUGAUGUUAGAGAUUAUAGCAAACCUAAAGGAAAAUUGGUGGUAAAUCGUACUGCCCGGAAGCAUAUCCUUUUAAGGCUUACAUUGUGGUGUUGUCAACUGGGAAAGACUUGCUCCUUGUUGAGAGGCGGCAGGGGCGGCGGUGGCGGCAGCAGCAGUGGUGGGAAUCAACAAUUUGCAAAGGAGUGGGUUGAGAUCAAUAGUCUAGGUGAUGAUGCCUUGUUCUUAGGUGAUAAUUAUUCUCUAUCCGUGACUGCUUCAAAUUUUCCUGGGUGCCAAGCAAAUUGCGUAUACUACACUGAUGAUGUUUAUAUCGACACCUCUGCGCCUUGUGGAUGGCUUUUAGAAGCUAAAUUCAUUCCUUCUGUAGUGGAUGGCUUUUAG